AACAUCACCAGGGGCAGAUCUAACCCUUUAAGUUGACCUAAGUCGAGAACAUUUGUUCGUAUGGAGCGCAGCACAGUCAUUCGCUGUUCUGGACAUUCGUGAAUACGCAGUUCUCGGCUGUUCCAUCUGCGUGAGACAUAGUGUUUGCUUCGAACGGACUGCGUUGCUGGCGUCUUUCGCGCGACUGCUCGGCAUCAUUCGGCUGGAUAUGGCUGUCAAAGAGUGAAACCAUGGCUUCAAACGGAGGCAGUUACGCUCCAGCAGUAUAUCAAUGAGUCCUACUUCACUCCGCCCCGUCAGUCACUUCCACCUAUGGUGCGAUGACUGCCCCCACAGAUUCUAUCUUAUCUAUAAAUGCAGCUUCAUCGAGCAGCUUACCACAUACCACGCAACCCCAUCUCAAACAUCAAGAGUCGAGCCAACAAGAUGAAGACUUCUUCCACUCUGCUGUUCUUGAUCUCUGCUGGAUCAGUCGUUCUGGGACACAAGUCUUACUCCGACCACCACAAUCCUCAUCGACGCUCCAGCCAGUAUUAUGGUCACUCACAGCAUCAUGAGAUCUCUGCAGGCCAUCUUUCGACUCACGACACUGCAGGAAGUUUGACCUUCGAGACGCAUUCUCCCUCUGCGCCAAUCCUACCGAGCAGACCAACGAUUGCGCCUUCGUCCAUGCAUGAUCAAGCCCACUCACCAUCUCCAUUACCUACUUCACACGUUUUUCCACCAACCACAGGUGGACAUCCUUACCCUAUCGAAUCGCUCGUGAAGCGCACUGUAUGCGUUGCAGGCGGCUCGUCUUGCCUUGCGAAUCAACUUUGCUGUCCAGCUGGGUCGUACUGUACAACUGAUUCGCUUGGAAAUGGUGCUUGUUGCGAGAAUGGUGCUGCGUGCAUCGGGGUGGUAACUAGUAUGAGAGGAUCUCUUCUCCCAGUACAAACUGCCGCCACCGCUGCAUUGCCUGUGCCUGGCGCUGCAAAUCUGAAGCGCCCUGCAAAGGCUUUUGUCGCGCUGACUAACUUGAUGCGGUUCGGUUUGGCCAUGCCGCCACCUGUGGGUUAUGGUACAACUGAGAGCACAACAGAUGUUGGAGCAAACUCAGCAGCUGCAAAACCACCACUCUACCAGGACAGAGGCGGUCUAGGAUUUCACGCGGGCGGUGGUAGUGAAGCCUCGAGUGGUGCCAACAUGCCUCGCCCGCUGAAGGUCUUUGCAAUACCAGUUGUGUUGGCGAAGCGUCUGUCAGCGGCACCAAUUUUCCCUGUGAACAAGUUUCAAGGCAUCAAGACGCCACUCCCUGCAGAGGAUUGUGGUGCUCCUUUCUGCUCGGCUGCGUCACAUGCAAUGGCAAAUCCUCUGAGAUACCCGGUAUGGUUGGUUGGUCAAGUCUUGGGUCUGUUUCGCCACACAAUCUCGCAGGGCCUAUACUACGAGGAGAGCGCACUGAUUAUUGACGGUUUGGUUCCCGUCUCGGCUCAUGUGCCUUUGGACACGGCCAGCACGAUGACAAAUAUAGCAACCAUUGCGCAGACAAUCUCUGCUGCAGCGUUGCAGGAUUCACGCGACGAGCAUGAUGGCGAAGACGAUGCGACAGACAACAACGAAAGCGAAGACUUACGACAGUCUUUGGACUUCAACGAUGGUUAUGCUCCCACAAAAGUCAACAUCAGCGAGAAAUUAGGUGGCUAUGCACCUGUCAACGAAAAAGCGCUCAACUCAACAGCUUCGUCAAUCCAAUCCUCCGCUUUAAGGAAUGUGCUUCGACAACUGAGGUCGACUGUGAGGAGCUUCGGUUGGACAUUCGCCAGCAGAUACGCCUACGCUGGGGUGCCAUUGAAGCAAAGUGAGGUGGCCAACGCUGGGACUGGCUGUCAUGACCUCGACAUCGAGGACGAGAGCUCCGACUACGCAAAAAACGCGUGCGAAGGUCUAGGUGUAGGGAGUGCUUUGAUGACACUCUGGGGCAGAGUUGGCGCAUAGGUCAAGCUCUUGAGAAGUUCACCUCUGUAGGGUUAUUCUAUUCUGUCUAGGCUCUGAACUCAAGGCACCGGAAGUCAAGCAUGUAGAAGUCAUCUUCACAUACAUUCAGACAGACAACAG